UCGCCGUUCCGUUCUCCGUUGUAUUCAAGAAUUUCGCGCGACACGGUACGGAGGCGCUUUUUCCCGGGCUUCGGCGAAUAUGACGCAAGUGUAGCACCAAAAAGGAUAUUUAGUGAUAGUGAAAAAUAAAGGAUAUACAGAUUUAGAAAUCAGUUUAAAUGAUGCGAUUAAAGGGCCCUUGCUGGGCGCUUGUGGUGUGUCUCGAACUAUUCCUCGGCACCGUCCAAAUCAAUGCCUAUUCCCAAGUGUUGGUCAGCGGCAGCAGCGCUAACACGGAUCAGGGACCCCGGAUAUUUAAGGCCUUAAAUACGGAUUUGAUAUUCCCCAGAACUUUUAACUCCAGCGAAAAUGUGGUGUCCACCACUGAAGUUCCGACGACGGCUUCCUCUACGACCUCUCUCCCACCCAUUCCUUACAACCACCAACCUGAGCCAGCUAUUAGCACCACAGAUGCACCUGUUUUUGUGACUCCUCUGGCUGAGGUGGACAAGCCUAGUGAUCCGGCUCCUGAGCCAAUCGUUGAGGGGGCCUCCACAGGACGAGCUGUGGAUUACCGCACAGCAUAUCCGUUUGGACAACUGAUUACGCCAUUACUGCGGGCAGGAAAACCCCAGCCGUACAACAAACGACCCUCACAAACACGUAUUUAUCCACAAGGUAGUCCAUCCUACUACUCGUCCUCAUCAUCACGAAAUCCAUCUCGCAAAACGGCAUUAAGACCCAGCUACAAUAAAGGAUUCAGUGAUCGCUUCACUCCCGGAGAAGCAACAGCCUCCAAUGUGUUCAAAAACCAACACUCCCAUGCCCAUGACCACUCCCACGAUCAUUCCCACGGACAGGAUGGCAAGGUGGCUUCUGGAUCGAGUUCUGUAAACACCUAUGUCCCGCCCUCGGAUGCCUAUUCGUUCCCGCCCCUCAAUACCAGAUAUCCUUCGCCAUCACAGGACCCGAAGGCAGCAUUGCCUUCCGACACUGUGACUAGUUAUGUGGCUCCCGCAUCUGGUGGAUUAAACAGCAUUGGCUACAUGUAUACAGGACCUCCUAUGCCCACAGAUGGGGGUUACAAGUAUCCAGGACCCGUCUCUGUUUCAAACGGAGACAAGGAUACGGCUGCUAGUUCACAGAGUCAAUCUUCGCCACCCGAUGAGGAUCUGGGAAAUGAUGAUACAAUAGGCGUCUUACCAGCCAGCGCAAUGGACAAUUUGCCAUCGAAGGAUCAGGAAGGCAAGGAUGCUGGAGGAGGUGACGCCGCUGCAGAUGAUAUGGGCGAUAUGGGUCCACCAGCCGGUGGUGAUUCGGAUGGUGGAGGAGACGAUUCUUCCCUUCCAGCCUUGCAUAACGAUGGCUCCCAUGGAGAAGAUGAUCACAAAUACGAUCCAAAUAUGGAAUAUGCAACACCUCCACCCGGUUGGCUAGAAUCCCAUCCAGAGUCUGCGGCUCCCAAGCCAGAGGAUCACGAUCACAGUCACGAUCAUGAUCAUGACCACAUUCCAGACCAUGACCUCGUUCACGAUCACCACCACGAUCAUUAUCCGGGUCACUAUGGAUACCAGCCCUCCUAUCCAGAUGACACCUAUCCAGAUGUGUAUUAUGAUGACCAUCCACAUCAUCACCACCAUGUACACCACCCUCCACCUCCUCCACCCCCUCCUCCACCACCACCACCUCCACCACCGCCCACUGAGCCGCCUCCACCGCCACCGCCUCCGCCAGAGCCACGUGUGAAGAAAUACAGUUAUUUCUACAUCGGUCGCAAGCUCUGGUACAUUCCUCUAUACUUCACCGUGUGGUUCAGCUUCUACAUCCUGUGGCUUAUCAUUAAGUCCAUUGGCCGACAUAAGGUCAACCUUCCCAAUCACUACGUCUCGCGGCGAAGUGCUCCAGAUCCGUUUACCACAGAUCAGGGUAGGGAUGAGUACAUUAAUGAUAUGACGGUGAGGGUGCUGGAGCACAUCGAUAGCUUUAAGCAGAAAUACUUGAACUGAUAAGGGACGCUACUAAAACUCAAAUAAAACUCUAAAAUACAAUAUUAAAUUAA